GUUACUACAGUCCAACGAAAACGGUGGAGAUUGACCCACGGAUAACCUCGCUUUACGAGGAGGUCAAGGACUUGGUGGCAAUGGACGGCCGAGUGAAGCAAGUCACUGCUUUGUUGAUGGAUGAGAGUAUGGAGCUGAAAGUGGUGCCGAUUGUCGGGUCCGGAGGGUUGGGAAAAACGACCCUGGCCAUGGAGGUGUACCGCAAGAUUGGAUUAGGAGGAGACUUCCAGUGCCGAGGUUUCGUGUCGGUGUCACGUACUCUUGAUCUAGAGAAGCUCUUGAAGGAUAUCUUAUCUCAGAUUGAUAAAGAUGCUUAUGAAAACUGUAAGCGUUGGGAAAAAGAACAAUUAAUCCGUGAAACAAAACAGAUCUUGAUAGGAAAGAGGUACUUCAUUGUUAUUGAUGACGUCUGGAAAGAACAAGACUGGAAAUUAGUCAAGGCAGCAUUUCCUGAGAAUAACAAUGGUAGCAGAAUAAUUGCUACUACACACAUUACCGGUGUAGCUAAUCAGUGUUAUUCCAACUCCGGCGGUCAACCCUAUCAAAUGGUUCCUCUAGAUGAUGCUUCUUCUCGAAAAUUGUUCUUCAAGAGAAUUUUCUCCUCGGAUGAUCCCUGUCCUUCUAAACUAGAAGAAGUUUCUACUGGGAUCUUAAGAAAAUGUGGCGGCCUGCCACUGGCUAUAAGUACAUUUGCAAGUUUGCUUGCCAAUAAGACACAUAAGAAGGAUGAAUGGGAGAGACUGCAAGAUUCCAUUGGCACCGGUCCUUCGUUUGAUAAUGAUGGGAAUCUAAAAGAGAUGAAUGAUAUACUAUUACUUAGUUACUGGGAUCUUCCACACCAUUUGAAGACUUGUUUGUUGUACUUGUGUAUAUAUCCAGAGGACUACAAGAUCGAGUGUAGAGAACUGAAAUGGAAAUGGAUGGGUGAAGGAUUCCUUGAUAGACGAUGGGGACGUCUGGAUGAGGUAGCAGAGAACUGUAUCAAUGAACUUGUUAAUAGAAAUAUGAUCCAGCCAACUGAUAUUGAUGAUGAUGGUACUGUGAAAUAUUGUCGAGUCCAUGAUAUGGUGCUUGACCUUAUCAUAUCCUUAUCGGAUGAAGAGAAUUUUGCCACUGUUUUAAAUGGGCGUGUAUGCAAUUCAUUUCCAAACAAUAUUCGACGUCUGUCCGUGCAAGUUAGUGGCAAAGAGCAUAAUGGCACAAACCGUGCGAUUACAGAAACCAAGCUACAUCUUCGCUCACUGACUACCUUUUGGCAAGUUCAGCAAGUACCCCCCCUUGUCCUUGUGGACUUCCAUGCUUUGCGGGUGUUGGAUCUUGAGGGAUUUUUUUAUUUGGAAAACAAGCAUGUAAAACAUAUAGGAAGUUUGCGUCGGCUGAGGUAUUUGAGAAUUCGCAGUAAGAAAAUUACUGAGCUUCCUGGUGAAAUAGGAAAGCUGCAGCACUUACAGACUCUCGAUUUGAGACACUGCUAUUCACUUCUCAGACUGCCACCAACCGUGGCGCAGUUGUGGAAAUUGGUGCGCCUAUUUGUCAGACAUGAAACACAACUACCUCCAAGUGGGUUCCGGAGUCUGGAAGCCUUGGAGGAGUUAGACUUCCAGAAAACUGACGACCCAGUGAGAUUUGCGGAGGAAGUAAAUGAGUUGGGCAAAUGCAACCUUUGCUGUCUUCGUACUGGUGGAGAGACAGCCGAGCGUCUGUUCUGUAACCCAUGCUGGACCUACCCUUCCCUCCAAGUUCUUGAAAUUUGGCCACAUAUUGGAACGGUUCCCAGGGGAAUGGCCUCCCUCAAGAAUCUCGUGAAACUAUGCAUACGGGUCAAGGAAUUUGAUAAGGAGGGUCUCCAAAUCCUCAUGGGCAUUCCUUCUCUGGGCCAUCUUCAGCUAUGGGUUACAGAGGUCAUCGAAGAGAAGCUGACCGUGGGUAGUAAUGGAUUCAAACUGCUGAAGGUGUUGCAGUUCAACUACACAGGCGAUUCUGUUUUUCUACUGAAACCAACAAAUGGACUGCGGCUAACAUUUGAACCGGAUGCUGUGCCAGCACUCCGACAGCUCCGUCUUGUCUUGAGCCCAAUGUGGGUGGGGUCCGACUUCUUUGCAUACUUGGGUGCCGAGCAUUUUUCAGGCCUUGCACACCUCGAGGUCGAAUUUGAUUGUUACAGAGCAGCUCUAGGCAGGGUGGAGGCUUUGGAGUCUUCCAUUAAAAAAGCAAUCAACCUGCACUCCGACUGCGAGAUGCGUGUCCAUAGAAUCCAUGAACAUGGCAUGUUUAAGGAUGAAAAGGAAUGGGAAGAGGCCGUCGUAGAAGACAGAAAGAGGGUGGAAAAGAUUGAGCUAUUAAGGGGUCUGAUGGAGAUACCGGCCACCAAGAACUAG